AUGCCAAAAACCUCCCCUCUCUCUCUCAAACUGUCGCAGCAGUCCAAACAAAAAGAGAGCGACAGUAGACUGCCCACCAGUCCACAAUCAACUUCUCCUCGGUCUCCGCCGGCUUCCGGGGGAUCAGGUGAGAGCGAGGAGCAACAUCGCUCGUUCUAUGUAGAUCCUACCCCGACCGCUACUGAGUUCUUCUCGACAUCAAGUUCUCCUGCAAGUCCACGCCACAAAAAAGAGGCGUCGCGAUCAAUAUUUUCAAAUAGCAAAGCGUCUAAAUCAUCAAGCCGGAUCAACCCCUCCGAAUCUUCCAUCCGUCAAGUAUCUGAUUCAAGGUCAGAGUCAACAAAGUCCCAGGUAUAUCCAUACAGGCAUAGCCCAGGAUCAAGCCCAGAACUUGGGAAGUCUAUGGAAAGUGCUAGUAUUGCUAGUGUCAAUUCUUCGGUCCUAGACAAUACUCUCUCUCGGCUGCCACCGGCUACAACCGUCAAAUCCCACAGUCUACCGCAUAUCGAUACUGAGUUACCUUCUUCCAGUAAACGAGGCAACGCAAAAGGACGAUUCCCAAACAUAUUGUCCCGCACACGGUCAACAUCCACGAAGGGUUUCGAAGAGUCUAUCAAACAAAAGCCGAAACCGCCCACACCCAUCAAUCGUUUCCCGCCAGAUACUGACCUGUCUAAACACCUCGGGAGACAUCUCGCUGAUCACAGUGCUCGAAGCGCGCCGUUGGAAAAGGACAGGGGAUUUCGGGAAAUGAUGAGCUCGGUGAACUCUUCCAUCCGCAAUCGCUCUGCCGAUCGUCAUGUGGCAGUUGAAUCCGAGGAUGAGUCAUUUGUACCAUCAAAAGAGAGAAAAGAGAAAGAAUCCUUCUCGCUCGCAACUUCAUUCAAGGAUGGUGGCGCGGGAGCGUCAUUGUUGCAUAACAUCAAAAACCAGGGAACGAAGGCAGCGGAUGGUUUGGGAAAAGCAAGAAAAGGGUUCUUCGGCAAAUUGACCCGGAGUGGCAGUAGUACCGAGAAGGACAUUCCCAUCAAUGGCAAAUGGGAACCUAAAAUUCUCAAACUUCCCUUGGUGCAGCAAACCCGAAGAACUCGAAUAUCGAAGCGACUAGAGGACUCCCGGGACAAGACUGAAUUCUGGAUGCCCGCUCUUCCUUGGCGAUGUAUAGACUACUUGAACGCCAACGGCUGUGAAGUGGAAGGUAUUUAUCGCGUGCCCGGAAGCGAAAAGGACAUCCGAUACUGGCAGCGGCGCUUCGACACCGAAGGUGACCUUGACCUCUUCAACGAAACCGAGCUUUACGACAUCAACAUCAUCAGCUCCAUGUUCAAGGCAUGGUUACGAGAUUUGAAGGAUGAAAUAUUUCCAAAAUCGACUCAAGCCAAGAUUGCCGCUGCGUGUGUGGGGGCCAAGACAACACCGCAGAUGCUGAAGGACGAGCUCUCGAUGCUGCCGCCGUAUAACUACUAUCUCCUGUUUGCCAUCACAUGCCACAUCAGCCUUCUUCACUCGUGUGCAGAGAAGAACAAGAUGGACUAUAGGAAUCUUUGCAUCUGCUUUCAGCCAUGCAUGAACAUUGAAGCCUUUUGCUUUCAAUUCCUCGUUCUCGACUGGAGAAACUGCUGGCAAGGGUGUUGGACAGAAGACGAGCACAAAACGAUAGAGAAGGAAAUGGACGAGCAAGGGGAAGAAAAGGUGUUGGCAGCCAAGCAGAGCAGACUUGAAGACUUGAAGAUGCCCAAGUCGGCAUCCUUGUCAUCGCUAUCUAAUAAUGGUCGACAAACUGCUAAUUCGUCAUACUCGAAUGUUGGAAGCAGUAAGCUCUCUGCGACCAGCAUCAUGAAUAGCGAGCGUGCCAAUUCAUCGGCUGGCAACAGUAGCAUGCCUUCGUUGGCUGAAAGUGCAACUCCAGAACGGCGUCGCCCUUAUACAGUCGAGACAUCUCAGCCUGAUCCGUACGAAGGCGAAGACGCUACACCGACUCAACCUGGGCACCACCUUCGCAUCAACUCUACACUACCAGCCCUUUCGCCCGUCAAACCCCUCUCGCCACCAUGGCAAAACUCCGGGCGCGCGCCACAGUGA